AUCAAACCGAAAGUACAUUUGAGGGAAUUUCCAAAAUAAAGAUGGCGUCAAAUACUGUAGAAGAUAUGGACAUUACAGAACAAGAGGAAUUUCUUGGACUGCAAGCAGAUCCCCAAGACUGCGAAAGCCAAACUGUGCGAAUUUCCACAUAUCAGCUUCCAAAUCAAGUUCAUGGAUAUGUAUUUCAAACAAACUUUGAACUUCAGCUCUCUAGUUUCAUUUGCACUGGCUCAUCUAGUCGUAAUUAUUGGGUACGCAGUCGUGAGCCGAGAGUUGAAGAUUUACCCUUUGUUUCUCAAUUAAUAGAAGAGGGUAAAGGAAAGAAAAUUGUUGAACUUCUUGUUCAUUUUUCAACGAAAUAUCGCACAUGCAGACAGGAUCCUUUGCUUUUUGUUUUAGCUCUCUGUUGCAGAUCGAAUGAUAUGGAAACAAAAAUGUCCGGAUAUAAUGCAUUGAAAUCAAUAUGUAGAAUUCCUACUCAACUCUUCCGAUUUCUUGAUUUUUGCAAACAGAUAAGCAUUUCUCAAUUGUCGCCGUCUAAAGGAUGGGGUAGAGCACAUCGGAAGGCAAUCUGCGAUUGGUAUCUGAGUUACGGCACAGAAGAACGCAAGCUUAAACUAUUAGCACUUCAUAUCACGAAAUACUGCAGAAGAUACGGAUGGAAACACAAAUCUGUGAUUCGCCUAGCUCACCUUAAAGUGAGCGAAGAGAAUCCAGUCUUAAAGUAUCUGGUUAUUGUUGCAGUGAAAGGUAAAAAAUAUGCAGAUUCAACCAAAUUUAUGAAAAAGAUAAUGAAGCAAGGAACUUACCAGAAAUCAUUUUUAAAAGAAAUUGUUGAUCUUCUAUCUGGAAUAGAGACCGCAAAAAGUACCAAAGAUAUCUCUCAAAUAAAGAAACUUAUUUUGAAGCAUAGACUAGUGAGAGAGCAAUUGCCAACCUUCUGUUUAAAUGAUAUUGGUAUUUGGCUGGCUCUUGCGAGGCAUAUGCCUUUAACAGCCAUGGUUCGAAAUUUAGGGAAAAUGUCCAAGUUAGAACUAUUUCAAGUGGAAAAUCCAACAGGAGACAAUAUAUCCUUUGAGGAGCAUUUAAUCAUUGCGAAAUUAAAAAACAAAGAACUACUUGCUAAGGAGGCCGUUCACCCAUUUACGUACAUGUUGGCUCUAAACCAGUACAAAAGAGGUGAGAACCAUUCUGGAAAACUGCAAUGGCCAGUAUAUCCACAAAUUUGCUCUGCACUCGAAGAAGGAUUGUACUUAUCUUUCAAUAAUGUCAAACCAACAGAAAAGCGGUUUCUACUAGCACUGGAUAUCAGUAAAUCAAUGGAAGAAAGCGUCAAUGUAGCAGGUGCCCCAACAUUACAGGCAUUGGAAGUUGCUGCUUUUAUGUCGACUCUGACAAUUAAAACGGAAAAGAAUUGCGAUGCUAUUGUUUUCACAAACGAAAAAGUGAACGUAUUGCCUAUUGGGUCUUCUGAUACUUUAAAUGAAGUAACUGAAAAUAUAAGGUCUCUCGCUCGUCCAGUGAGGGACAUCCCAGCGGAUGCUUCGUGGCCUUUCAAAUACGCUCUUGAAAAUAAGAGGAGAUACGACGUCUUCGUUAUUUACACAGAUUCGAAUGUUUCAUUGAGUGACCCCCAUCCUUCUCAGGCAUUGCAGCUUUAUCGAGAGGCCACCGGAAACAAAGAAGUCAGACUUGUUGUUUGUAAUUUAGCCUGUUCCGAUGUCUCCAUAGGAGACAUUGAAGAUCCCUUUACUUUAACAGUGUGUGGAUUCGAUUCGUAUGUUCCACAAACAAUAUCAAAUUUUCUUAAUGGAGAAUUUUAAUUUCUUUGAUAUGCACAUUUAAAAAAGCCUUUAACUUGUAUAUUCAAUUAUCUUUUUUUCAUUUAAUUUAUGGAUCAAUAUUGCAAUGAUUUAACAUUGAAUUAAAUGAUGUUGUUGAACCGGUAAAC